CAGAAUACAGCAGGAAAUCUGCAGGGAAAAGCAAAAAAAAAUACAUGUGCUGAGUGUGGGAAAAACUUCACUUACAGAUCAGGCCUUUCUCAACAUCAGAGAAUCCACACAGGGGAGAGGCCCUGUGAAUGUGCUGAGUGCGGGAAAACUUUCAGUCGCAGCUCACACCUUAUUCGGCAUCAGAGAAUCAACACGCAGGAGGGGUCCUAUGAAUGCAGUGAGUGCGGGAAAACCUUCAAUCGCAGCUCUCACCUUAUUCAGCAUCAGAGAAUCCACACGAGCAAGAAGCCCCGCGAAUGCCGGGCCUGCGGAAAAAACUUCAUUCACAGAUCAAGCCUUUCUGUUCCUCUGAGUAUCCAGACAGGGGAGAGGCCCUACGAAUGCCGUGAGUGUGGGAAGACCUUCACUCACAGAUCAACUCUUUCUGUGCAUCAGAAAAUCCACACAGAUGAGAGGCCCUAUGAAUGCCGUGAGUGUAGGAAAAGCUUCACUCACAGAUCAGCCCUUUCUAGACGUCAGAGGAUCCACACAGGUGAAACACCCUAUGAAUGCAGUGAGUGUGGGAAAACCUUCAAUAACAGCUCAAACCUGAUUACCCAUCAAAGAAUUCACAUAGGGGAAAGGCCGUAUAAAUGUUGUGAGUGUGGGAAAACCUUCACUUGCAGAUCAGGCCUUUCUCUUCAUCAGAGAAUCCACACAGAUGAGAGGCCCUAUGAAUGCCGUGAGUGUGGGAAAAGCUUUAUUACUAGCUCAGCCCUUUCUAGACAUCAGAGGAUCCACACAGGUGAAACACCCUAUGAAUGCAGUGAGUGUGGGAAAACCUUCAAUAACAGCUCAAACCUGAUUACCCAUCAAAGAAUUCACACAGGGGAAAGGCCGUAUAAAUGUUGUGAGUGUGGGAAAACCUUCACUUGCAGAUCAGGCCUUUCUCUUCAUCAGAGAAUCCACACAGAUGAGAGGCCCUCUGAAUGCCGUGAGUGUGGGAAAAGCUUUAUUACUAGCUCAGCCCUUUCUAGACAUCAGAGGAUCCACACAGGGGACAGGCCUUGUGUAUGCAGUGAGAGUGGGAAAACCUUCAAUCACAGUUCAAACCUUAUUACCCAUCAAAGAAUGGGUAAUCAAAGAAUAAGGGAGAGGCCGUAUAAAUGCUGUGAGUGUGGAAAAUGCUUCAUUCACAGAUCAGCCCUCUUUGAGCAUCAGAGAAUCCACACAGGGGAGAGGCCCUCUGAAUGCCGUGAGUGUGGGAAAAGCUUCACUGAUGGAUCAGCCCUUUCUAGACAUCAGAGGAUCCACACAGGUGAAAGACCCUAUGAAUGCAGUGAGUGUGGGAAAACCUUCAAUCGCAGCUGAAACCUUAUUACCCAUCAAAGAAUUCACACAGGGGAGAGGCCGUAUACAUGCUGUGAGUGUGGAAAAUGCUUCAUUAAGAGUUCGGCCCUUUCUGAGCAUCAGAGAAUCCACACAGGGGAGAGGCCCUACGAAUGCUCUGAUUGCGGGAAAACUUUCAGUCGCAGCUCGCACCUUAUUGGGCAUCAGAGAAUCCACACAGGGGAGAGAUCCUAUGAAUGCACUGAGUGUGGGAAAACUUUCAGUCGCAGCUCACACCUUAUAAAACAUCAGAAAAUCCACACAGGGGAGAGGCCCUAUGAAUGCUGUGAGUGUGGGAAAACCUUCAAUCGCAGUUCAAACCUCACUACCCAUCAGAGAAUCCACAAAGGGGAGAGGCCCUAUGAAUGCAGUGAAUGUGGAAAAUGCUUCACUAAGAGCUCAGGCCUUUCUGAAUAUGAGAGAAUCCACACAGGGGAGAGGCCCUAUGAAUGCCGUGAGUGUGGGAACAGCUUCUCGUGGCACUCAGCCCAUGUUAGCCAUCAGAGUAUCCACACAGGGGAGAGGCCCUACGAAUGCCGUGAGUGUGGGAAGACCUUCAAUAGCAGCUCAGACCUUUCUAAACAUCGGAGAAUCCACACAGGGGACAGGCCCUACGAAUGCAGUGAUUGUGGGAAAACCUUCACUCACAGAUCAACUCUUUCUGUGCAUCAGAAAAUCCACACAGAUGAGAGGCCCUAUGAAUGCCGUGAGUGUAGGAAAAGCUUCACUCACAAAUCAGCCCUUUCUAGGCAUCAGAGGAUCCACACAGGUGAAACACCCUAUGAAUGCAGUGAGUGUGGGAAAACCUUCAAUAACAGCUCAAACCUGAUUACCCAUCAAAGAAUUCACACAGGGGAAAGGCCGUAUAAAUGUUGUGAGUGUGGGAAAACCUUCACUUGCAGAUCAGGCCUUUCUCUUCAUCAGAGAAUCCACACAGAUGAGAGGCCCUCUGAAUGCCGUGAGUGUGGGAAAAGCUUUAUUACUAGCUCAGCCCUUUCUAGACAUCAGAGGAUCCACACAGGGGACAGGCCCUAUGAAUGCCGUGAGUGUGGGAAAAGCUUCACUGAUGGAUCAGCCCUUUCUAGACAUCAGAGGAUCCACACAGGUGAAAGACCCUAUGAAUGCAGUGAGUGUGGGAAAACCUUCAAUCGCAGCUGAAACCUUAUUACCCGUCAAAGAAUUCACACACGGGAGAGGCCGUAUACAUGCUGUGAGUGUGGAAAAUGCUUCAUUAAGAGUUCGGCCUUUUCUGAGCAUCAGAGAAUCCACACAGGGGAGAGGCCCUACGAAUGCUGUGAGUGU